AUGUCUCACGAUCUUGUCCAAAACCAUAGUGCCAACGGUGGUUCCACGCUCCGGCAUCCUUGCCCAAGCGAAGCAGACAAGGACCAGAUCAGGGUGUCUUGUUUGCCGUCGAUGCGGGAGGGACCUAAAAGAAGAGCUCGGAAUUUCAAGAUUGUGGAUGUAACAUCACAAGUUGAGAAAAGAUCCCGGAUAGACGAUCACCCACAGAUAAAUCCAAGUCAUACCCAUGUAGCAAUUAGCUACGAAAGUCCUUACAACAAUAAAUCUCUGGGGGAGAGUUUGGAACCUCUGGUCCCUGUAACUGACGAACCUUCCAUGUACCAUUCCCAAUUGCAUUCGGAGUAUCCUUCACUCAACACUCCCAACUCAAUGACCGUAUCGUACCCUGACGAUAGUUCUUUCAGAGAAGAUAACGAUCAAUAUAUGGAAGUAGACGCCAGCCGGAGAAGUGAGUCAUCUGUGUAUCGCCGUCAAGAUUCUCAUGGUCAGUCGUAUUCCGAUGAAGAUCAUUGUAUUAGCAACCUAGAAGCGGAACAUAUGACAUCUCCUAAUCAUGACGUAUCGAGCGAUCGGACGGAUCCCGAAGGUGCAGCUGCUGAUCUUCUAGCACUAUGGUAUUUGCAGCAAUCAAAGCCCGCUGUUGCUGAAUCCCAGGUAUCAAGGCCUCCUUCCGAUAAUAGAAGUAUUCUUACUGAUAUCAAUCAAGCACAGAUGCUCGAGCAUGGGGUCUUCGAUAACCAUCGGGAUGGUAUCUUCCUGACUGGCUCGGAGUUUCAGGAAUAUCACUCGACUUUGAGAGAUCACUUGAUCUUCACUGCGCGAUCGAACUGCCCGACUCGCGUGGGCACCCCAGAUUUACAAGAACCCGAUUUUAGCUUCGCCGAGAGAUCGUUUUCUGGAAAUAAAGGGACAGACCUAGGCUCAGAAUCAGCUGGGUACUCCAGGUCACCUGAGAUCACACCACAGCGAGAAUAUAUUCUGUGGAAAACCUGGAUUGAUGAGCUCGCUCCAUGGGUAUCAUGGGAUUUAUCUUAUACCUAUAAUGGCCAGGAAAAUCCCCCAUCUCAAGAACUCGAUCUUAGCUUUAUCUGCUCGCCAGAUCGAAAUGAAGGAAACCUCCGAGUCAUCGCGGAAAGCUUAGCGCUGUAUCAAGAAGCAAUUCACCUUCUUCUGCCGGAGUUACAAAGCAGGGAUACUGCUGUGAUAGCAUCCUGUGUUAUAUUGUGUGUACUGGAAAUGAUGAGUUGUUCUCCAAAAGAAUGGAGGAGGCAUCUGAAAGGAUGUGCAAAUUUACUGAAGGCUGUUGGAAUCAAUGGAUUCGUCGGCCGGGUGGAGGAAGCUUUGUUCUGGUGCUUUGCUCGCAUGGAUAUUUGUGGUGCUUUGAUCUCUCAUGAUAUCACGCUUAUUCCGGUAACACGUUGGGCAUCAAAUGUCGACUUCUCGUCUGACGUCAAGCUUUUCCAAAAUCCAGACAAUGAUUUUGAUACAUACGCCAAUUAUGCAGUCUUUUUGUGCGCCAACUGCGUUGCAUACCUCAAAGCCUGUAAAGAAUGGGCUCCGGAAACACAAGAUAGUCGGUGGAUCGAGCUUGUUAACCUUCUCGAUGAUUGGUACACAGUGAGACCAGAGGAAAUGAAGCCAAUCUUGAGUAUCUCGCUCAAUGAAGGCGAGAUUCAUCGCCCCUUUCCGACCGUUUUGUAUGGAAAUGGGCCUGCAGUCUCCGGAAACCAAUUGUAUCAUACAGCAAUGUUGUUAAUGUUGCAAGAAAGGCCUGACAGGUUGCAAGGACAACAAAGACAAAAAUCAAUAUUUUGGCAUGCCCGCCAGAUAUGUGCUAUCUCUGAGUCAAAUACACAUCACGGCGAGUGGACAAAUUCAAUCCAGCCCAUAUGGAUUGCGGGAAAGAUCAUGAGUCACCCGAGCGAACAUCGAGCUAUUUUAGAUAUACUGAAUAGAAUUGAACAAGAGACAGGUUGGGUGACAAGCUGGAGGAGAGAAGAUUUGAAGGCCUGGUGGGGUGACUACGAUGAUUGA